AUGGAUGACAUGGAUAAGCACACAAAUACAUUCUCAGAGGAGGGAAGGAUCCACCAAGUGGAAUACGCAAUAAAAAGUAUCUCAUCAGCUGGUCCUGCCAUAGGGAUAAAGUGCACAGAUGGAAUUGUUUUACUUGGCAAGGCCAUCGAUGACGCACUCACCCUGACACAGGAUGAGAAGGUAUACCAAAUAAACGAUAAUACAGUGGUAAUAGUCAGUGGAUUAUAUGCAGACAGUAACUUACUGGUUAAUUACACCAGGGUCAUAGCACAGGAGUACUUAAUGAAAUAUGAACAGAAUAUGUCACCACGGCAGAUAUCCAUGGCACUCUGUAAGACCAUGCAGAAGUACACGCAGGGUGGUGGUAUGCGACCGUUUGGUGUAUCGUUCAUGUUUGCUGGGUGGAAUGCGAAGGGUGAGUAUUCGUUAUACUCAGUGGAUCCGAGUGGGACACUCUCUGAUUAUACAGCGCAUGCAUUCGGGGAGGGUGAUAAAGCGAUCCUGGCAGUAUUAGAUGAGCAUAAGCCAAGUAAUCCACUUAGCCAGGGGAUUGAAUUGGCAUUUAAAGGGAUUACCACGGCGAGUGAGGGAAAGAGAAUAUUACCGCAUGUGAUUACGUGUGCAGUUAUUACGAAAGUGGAUGGUAAGAAUAUUAUCCAGAUGGUAUCACAGAAGGAUAUAUCUAAGUCACUGGGGCAUAUUUAG